AUGCCCUCCAUUCCAAACCUCUUCUCCCUCGCUGGAAAUCUCCUCUCCCAGUUUCCAUUAUCCUCAUUCAAUCCAACUCCAUCUUCGACCUAUUCAGCCCCUAGACCACUAGAUUACGGCUACACAUGUCCCGUCGACUCCCCUCUCUCAUGCCACAAUAGCACAACCGCACCCGAUUCGUGCUGCUUCAUCUAUCCAGGCGGCCAACUCCUCUUGACUCAAUUCUGGGACACAAAUCCCACAGUAGGGCCAGAAGAUUCAUGGACACUGCAUGGAUUAUGGCCCGAUAACUGCGACGGCAGCUACCCAACAUUCUGCCACUCCACACCCCAAAACUACCACAUAACCUCCAUCCUCUCCAAUCGCGCUCCUGCCCUUCUAGAAUACAUGGAAACGUACUGGCUCCCGAAUCGUGGUACCCUCGAACACUUCUGGGAACAUGAAUACAACAAACAUGCCACAUGCAUCAACACCCUCUCCCCGUCCUGCUACGCCUCGCACACAUACAAAGAAGGCGACGAGAUUGUGGACUUCUUCACCACCGCAGUCGGACUAUUCAAGACUCUCGAUAGUUACAAAGCUCUCGCAGCAGCUGGGAUAUUGCCAAGUAGACAUAGAACGUACACGCUUGAGGAGGUCGAGGGUGCGCUGAAGAAUAUCACGGGAAGUGAAGUGACUUUGGGCUGCAGAGGGAAUCAGUUGGAUCAGGCGUGGUAUAGUUUCAAUGUGCGAGGGAGUUUGCAGAGUGGAGAGUUUGUAGCGACGGAUCCAGUUGGGAAGGGGUUGAGAUGUCCGACAAGGGGGAUUAGGUAUUUACCUAAGGACGGCAGAGGGAGUUAA